UCCUGUCGGUGAAGAAGAAACGGGGAGUUUACACGUGUUUGUCGAUCCCACACGGAUAUAUGUUGAAAAAGUGUUUCGCAUUUGGGUUUCUGGGUCUUUAAUCGGAAUAUAACCGAGUAAAAAUGCCGAAGGUAAAGGCGGAGAAGAAAAGCAGGCAGCACCAAGAGGUCAAAAACCAAGGGAUCAUGUUCAACACUGGCAUCGGCCAGCAUAUCCUGAAGAAUCCUUUGGUUGUCAAUGGUAUCAUUGAAAAGGCUGCUCUGAGGCCGACAGACGUGGUUCUGGAGGUGGGACCUGGUACCGGUAAUAUGACAGUUAAACUGCUGGAGAAAGCCAAGAAGGUGGUGGCCUGUGAGUUGGACUGCAGAUUGGUGGCUGAGCUUCAGAAAAGAGUACAGUGCACACCCAUGCAGACCAAACUUCAGAUAUUAGUUGGAGAUGUAUUAAAAACUGAUCUACCUUUCUUUGAUGUCUGUGUGGCUAAUUUACCGUACCAGAUUUCAUCUCCGUUCGUCUUCAAGCUGCUGCUGCAUCGACCUUUUUUCAGGUGUGCCGUGCUGAUGUUCCAGAGAGAGUUUGCCAUGCGACUGGUUGCCAGACCUGGAGACAAGCUGUACUGCAGACUGUCCAUCAACACACAGCUGCUGGCUCGCGUAGACCACCUCAUGAAGGUAGGGAAGAAUAAUUUCCGACCUCCUCCAAAAGUGGAGUCAAGUGUUGUUAGGAUAGAACCGAAAAAUCCUCCCCCUCCAGUCAACUUCCAGGAGUGGGACGGCCUGGUCAGAAUAGCUUUCGUAAGGAAAAACAAAACCCUCAGUGCAGCUUUCAAGUCGGCUGCAGUGGAACAGCUGCUGGAAAAGAACUACAGAAUUCACUGCUCUGUGCACAAUGUGGAAGUCCCAGCAGACUUCAGCAUCAGCAAGAAGAUAGAGAGCGUUUUGCAGGAGGCUGAUUUCAGUGAGAAGAGAGCCAGGUCCAUGGACAUCGAUGACUUCAUGGUUCUCCUGCAUGCCUUCAACUCUGCAGGGAUCCACUUUUCUUAAAAUGGCAGCAUGGACGGAGAAAUGAAGAGAACAGCUUUAUGACUCCUGCCUUCCUAAUGAGAGAGGUGAAGUUAGUGGUCAGAUGAGUGGAAAGAAAGAGCUUGUCUGACUCAUCUUUCCUCUUGUGGAGAUUUGCUCGGACGAACUGAUUUUCCAAUGUUGAAACACUUGGAUGAAAUGUACAAUGAAUAUUGGAGGAUACAUUUAAAGAGCUCAUAUUGAGUGUGUGAGUGUCAAGGGACAUGCAUGGACAAUUUUUGGCAGAAGCUGUAUAAGCCCCAUAGUCUGUAAUGGAUUAUUAUUCUAAUCUAAACCUUGUUAAAAUUACCUCUUUGUGGAAAAGGUAAAUAUUUAACAACUAGCUUUAUGACUGUGUGCAGUCUCUUAAAAUAAAUCCAAAAUGUCCACAA